CUCAAGGGAAGGUAAUUGUCAACAAUUCAACAAGCUUUUGGUGUAGUUUGUCACAGUGUUUUAAAGAAUGAACAUUUCGAUGCACUCAUCUGUUUAAUAUUGCUUCUGUGUAUUCAUAAAAUUAUUUAUAUUUAAUAUGUCUGACUCUGAGGAAAACAAUAUUAUAAAGAUAAAGAAACCUAAGUCUAGAAAUGGUAAAUCAUUUCGGAGAAAAAAUUUAACUGCAGAUGAAAGUUUUGGGGAUGAUGGUGAAGAUGAACUAAUUAAAGAAAAACUUGAAGAAAUGAAAACCAUACAAAAGCUUAGAGAUCGACCUCAUGGUGUAAGCGUGCUUACAUUGACACUUGGUGAAAAAGUAUCCAGGGAUGAAGAAAUUUUAAUUAGUGACCCUUUUAAAAUCAAAAGUGGAGGACUCAUAAAUAUGGCCUCAUUAAAAAGUGGUAAAGUUAAAGCAGAAGAUGAUGCAUAUGACACUGGCAUAGGUACCCAGUUUUCAGCUGAAACUAAUAAACGUGAUGAAGAUGAUGAAAUGAUGAAAUACAUUGAGGUUGAGCUAUCUAAGAGGAAAGGAAAACAGGAUGAUGACGACAAUGAAUCAAAAAAUAAAUAUUGUUCCCCAGAGGAAGCUGCACUUCUUGCCGUGCCCUCUCAUCUUACAACUUCUUCAUCACUAAGAUCAGAAGAGAUGUUGUCCAAUCAGAUGCUCAGUGGUAUUCCAGAAGUUGAUCUUGGCAUAGAAGCUAAAAUUAAAAAUAUUGAAGCUACUGAAGAAGCUAAAUUGAAAUUAUUGUGGGAAAAACACAAUAAAAAAGAUGGACCAUCACAAUUCGUUCCAACAAAUAUGGCUGUUAAUUUUGUGCAGCAUAACAGAUUUAACAUUGAAGAUCAGGGGCAGGCAAAUAAGAGACCUCAAGUUCCUGAAAAUAAACUUCCUCCUGUAAAUAAAGAUUUAAAAGGAACAAAAAGGAACAGAGGAGGAGUUGAAAAAGCCACAGAUGAUUAUCACUUUGAGAAAUUUAAGAAACAAUAUAAAAGAUUUUAAUUAUAGACAAGUUUCUUUUUAUUUAUUUGUUUGUAUAUAAACUAAUUUGAUUUGUUAUAUUAUUUUUUUUUUGUACUCACCCUUCUUAUAAAUACAUA